AUAACACUUGUGUUAUUCAACCACUACAGGUGGUUUUCUUUUUGAAGGUACACUGACGCUUUGGAACUGGGCCAAAGCGCUUUCACAGGAUUGAUCUCGCUCCGCUUGUUUGGGACUGGUGGAUGUUUUUGUGAGAGCAAGGAGGGGUGCUACUCCUCUCUCUGGAACCAAUCAGUGGCAGGGCCAGAGGUCACCACUAUAUCAGCUCUGUAGUCAGACACAACUCUUUUUCAAAAACAGACACAACGAGUAUUAAGAGGUUUUUAAAAAAAAAUUUAAACUGGAUUUCAAAGCGUCUCCUGCUGUCAUGGCCCCAAUUUUGCUUAACUGUAUGGGGAAUGACCACAAUGAGUAUAUCAAACAACUAGUCCAAGUGAAAAAUCCCUACUUGGACACCAUGGAGGAGGAUAUUCUCUACCACUUCAGCUUGGGCACCAAGACUCACAAUCUUCCAGAAAUGUUUGGAGAUAUUAAGUUUGUAUGUGUUGGAGGCAGCUCGAAUCGAAUGAAGGCUUUCGCCCAGUUCAUCCACCAGGAACUAGAGAUGCCUGGAAACCCAGAGGAAGUCAGCGACAUCUGCGAGGCCACUGAUCGCUACUGCAUGUAUAAAGUGGGACCAGUGCUCUCUAUGAGUCAUGGAAUGGGGGUCCCUUCCAUCUCUAUAAUGCUGCAUGAGCUCAUCAAACUGCUGCACCACGCUCAGUGCCGUGAUGUGGUCCUGUUUCGCCUUGGGACAUCUGGCGGUGUUGGUCUGGCUCCUGGGACUGUGGUGGUCACGGAUAAAGCAGUGGACUACUCCUUCCUCGCCCAGUUUGAGCAGGUGGUUCUGGGUAAAGUUGUGACCAGAAGCACUGAGCUGGAUGAGGAAGUGGCCAAUGAGCUUCUGCAGUGCUCCUCUGAGCUUCAAAACUUCCCUACUGUGAUUGGAAACACCCUGUGCACCCAUGACUUUUAUGAAGGUCAAGGCCGACUUGACGGAGCUCUUUGCUCCUUCUCUCAUGAAGACAAACUGGAGUAUCUCAGGAAAGCUUACGAGGCCGGCGUGAGGAAUAUUGAAAUGGAGUCCUCCGUAUUUGCGGCUAUGUGCCGCAUCUGUGGCCUCAAAGCGGCUGUGGUUUGUGUUGCAUUGCUGGACCGCUUCGAGGGAGAUCAGAUCACUUCCUCUCAUGAUGUCCUGGUGGAGUACCAGCAGAGACCUCAAGUCCUGGUGUCCCACUUCAUCAAGAAACGUCUGGGACGCGCUGUAUGAAGUCCCUACGUCUGCCCUCCCAGCCCCAGCUUCCCAACUAGAGUGUAUAUAGUUGAUAUGUGGAUAUGUACAUAUAUUGUAUUUUAAUUUGUUAAUAUCUGUAUUAGACACUCAUUUAAAAAGUUAUGAUUUCUUUGAUUUAAUUGAUGAAAAUCAAAUAUUAAGUAUUUUGCACAUGUAUAUGAAAGUAUGUAUCGGUUAAUAUUUAAUACUCUGGUAUUUAUGUAAGGUAACAUUCAUUUUCUAAAGAAUGUGUUCUGCGUGUUGAUUUUAAUAUUUGACUUGGACUUGUAACUCAACAAAAAUGGUUGGGCGUGUUAGCAAAUGAUUCGCAUCCAUUGGAGGUUUGCAGUCGAUUAGAAGCCUCCACUCGUAAAAGUUGUUCCUCUUAUUUGCUUGUUAGAUGGGAAGCACUUAUUAAUCCGUGGUCAUUUUUCUUGUGAAAAAGGAAAUGGGACAUACUGAGACAUACUGUACAUUACAUUUAGUUGUUCCUGCCACACAAGCAGUUAAUAAAUAUUGAUACAUGUACAGGUAGGUCAUCUUAAUAUGUUAGAGGUAUAUGUUUUUAUUGUCACCUAAUGAUACUGUAUUUCUCAUGAAGUGUAUAAAACUUUCAAUAAAAGUCCACAUUAAAAGCCUUUUGUCACACUA